UUCACCUUAGAAUAUAAACUGGAAAUCCCCCAUGAGUACCAGCAUAAAGUGUCAGAAGUCCUGGGCCUACAGUACGUUAGCAAGACAAUUACGUACAGAGCUUAAAGAUCUUUUACGUGUGGAGACAAGGGCAUCCAAAGACUCUGAACUACAAUGUGGACAGUUGGUUUAUUCUGUCUUCUGUUCUGCAGCCUCAGUGCGACCACAGCUCAAGAAGAGUGUGUGGAUGAAAGUGCCGUGAUAUCAUCUGUCGGCAUCACCAACAUCCGUGUGGUCCAGCAGGGACAAAUCUUAAAGUACCAGAAAAUCAACGCCAACCUAGGGAACGGUUAUGACAGCAACACUGGUAUUUUUACUGCCCCUAGAGCUGGUGUCUACACGGUCUAUUUGAAUGGGCGGAGUCAGAAGGACAAAGAGCUCUACAUGGCCCUGUAUCUCAACAACAACAAGCAACGGAUCAUGACCAUCUUCACCUCGGUCAACAACAAGCACGGGAGAACGAAUAACUCUGCCACGCUGAAGUUAAACAAGGGAGAUAGACUCUAUGUCAAAGCUGAAAGGGACUCCUACUUGUGGGCUGAAGAAGACAACACCUUUAACUCCAUGACCAUACAGAGAGUGGCAUUUUCCUAACAAGUCCCGCGUGCCUGCAAUACAUGUGAAAUAGACAAAUGGCGUCUGGACAGUAGUAUACAAAGAGUUGUCUAACCUUUUCUUCCCGUAACUCUGGAGAGAAUGCUAAAAUAGCUAUGGUGCAUAACAUUAUCUUAUUGCUAUGAAAUUUCUUAACAAUAUGCUUUAACUCUUUCACUAAUGUUUUUCAACCAUGUUUUUGCUUCUUACAUUAAGUACUUUUAAUGUCUACGUGAUGCGUUAUUCCAAUUGUAAUGUAAUCUAGCUUUUAGCCUGAAUGUGAAAUAAAAUAAAAUGCUUCUA